AUGGCGCCCAAAGACGUCCUCCGCUUCCCGCCCGGUUUUUCGUGGGGCACGGCCACAUCCUCGUACCAAAUCGAGGGCGCUGUUUCUACGCACCGCGUCCCCAGCAUCUGGGAUCGCUUUAGCCACACUCCGGGUGUAGUAUCCGACAACAGCACCGGUGACUACGCUUGCGACCAUUACAAUCGCUUCAAGGAGGACGUCAAACUUAUCAAGACACUCAACACAUCGCACUACCGGUUUAGUAUAGCAUGGCCUCGUAUUCAUACCUUUGAGGACCCUGCUGCCCCGCAGAGCAAUACACACGGAAUUGCGUUUUACAACGCCUUGAUCGACGAGCUCAUUGCUAAUGAUAUCACUCCGGUUGCUACCUUGUUCCAUUGGGAUCUGCCGAUAGCCGUGGAAGACAGCACGGGCGGAUGGGCUGGCUCUGGUGCUGUCGCUGAUCGCUUCGAGGAGUAUGCGAGGUUGUGUUUUGAAAAGUUCGGCGAUCGCGUCAAGAACUGGAUAACGUUGAAUGAGCCGUGGUGCUCUGCAGUGUUGGGCUACGAGGUCGGGGAACACGCGCCUGGCGAUACCUCCAAACCUGGCGUGAAUGUGUACAAGGCUGGGCACAAUCUUCUACUCGCUCACGGUCGUGCGGUGAAAGCAUACCGCGAGGACUUUCAGGCAAUACAGAAAGGGAAGAUCGGUAUUUCGUUAAACACAAUGUGGGCAGAACCGAAGGACAGAAAUAAUGCGACGCAUUUGGAAGCGGCGCAGCGCGAUAUGGACUUCGAGCUCGGAUGGUUUGCAGAUCCAAUAUGGAAGGGGGACUAUCCAGCGACUAUGCGGGAGACAGUGAAGGAUAGGCUGCCGGAGUUCACCAAAGAUGAGAAGGAAAUGUUGAAGGGGAGCUCGGAUUUUUUUGGACUGAAUCACUAUUCCUCUCAGUAUGCAACGGGGAUGUAUGUACCGGAUCCGCCGUUGGUUAGUCAUUGGAACGACAAGGCGACGACUCAUGAGGAAGACAAGGAUUGGAAAAAGACGGAUAUGGGAUGGUCGGUAGUGCCGUCGGGCUUUCGGAAGUUGUUGCUUUACGUUCAAGAAAAGUACGAACCAGAAGGUGGGAUUCUUGUGACGGAGAACGGCCUUGCGUCAAAGGAACCAACUCGGGAGGCUGCGAGUAAGGACUCCUUGCGCAUCGAAUUCUAUACGCUGUACAUCAAGGCGGCUCAUGAAGCGGUUGGGCAAGGCGCUGAUGUGCGAGGAUACUUUUUAUGGAGUCUCAUGGAUAACUUUGAGUGGGCGUUUGGGUACGAGAAGAGGUUUGGUUUAUUCUUUGUCGACUACAAGACAAUGGAACGAGUAGCAAAACCGGCUGUCGAAUGGUAUAGGAAGGUGACAUCGACUAACACUUUAGAAGUAUGA